AGCAGACUUCACUGCCGCGUCUGUCACCACACACUCGGUCGUUUGUGGCGCUCAUUUCACUCCGGAGAGUUAUAGACCUGGAGAUUUGUUGGAGUCUCGGAUGGGAUUUCGGAGUAAGGACCAUGUGAGGCUGAUUACUGAUGCUGUUCCCUCGGUGCACUCGAUGGAAUCAAGUCCACCACCUGAAUCUGGCGCGGGCAAGACUGGAAGACCAAGUGCUAGCACUUGCAGAAAUUCUAAGCACCAAAAAAGAGCUCUUAGCAGAAUUUUGGCAGAGAGUGCAGCCAGUAAUGAAGGGAUAGAUGCACCUAGCACUGUAGAUUUUGAAGAGACAGAGGGCUUCUCUCUACAGGAUCCUGGACCAUUAGUGCUUCAUUGUGGGUCACAGUGCAACAUCAAAUGUCUGCAACGCUCAUCAGCUGUUCAGGUAAAGGCUGAAAUGGUUAGUGUGGGGACUCAGACUGAGCAACAAAUAUCAACUCCACUGCCCAGUUCUGUCCAAAGUGAGGAUGAAUCAUCCUCUGAUGUCAUGACCCAUUCUGAUCUGUCAUGGAUCCCAGACGAGGAGAUGAGUAGUGAGUCAUCUGAUGAGGAGAAUUCAGAAGAGCCAAUACAGGAAUCUCUCAAUGACCCCAAUGUGGCUGACAAGUUCAUUGUUUGCCUAAGCCAGCUUAUGUGUCUGUUCACCAUUUGCUCGGUCUGUUGUGGGGAAACCCAGGGACAAAUAGAGUACCAGGAAGGGACUUACAUAAAAAUCAAGCAGGUAAGAGAAUAUUUUUGAACCGUUUGUCUGGAGUUGAAUCAUGGCCUUACCCUGGAAAUCCAUAUUCCUUCAUUGAAGACCGAAUAAACAAGGUUUUGGAUCUUCAACUUGUCCAGGUAGGUUAAUAUCCUAGACACAUAAAUCAGGUGUCAGGUUUAAAAGCUACUGACAUGACCACAUCUAUUUUUUUUAUUUUUUUCAGAGCUCAG